AUGCAGGGUUUAUUAGAAAGAGAUGAUAGUGUAGAAGAAUGUUUACAGGAAGCAUCUCUAUAUCAAAUGCCUUGUAAUUUACGCCAGUUAUUUGCAACCAUUUUGGUCUAUUGUAAUCCAGCAAAUCCAAGAUAUCUUUGGGAACAUUUUGAACAAGACAUGUCACCUGAUUUUCAAUUAAUUGAACAUUCUCAAUCAAAUGUGAGAAUGCAAGUUUUACGCUCCAUCUCCAUGACACUUGAAUCAAUGGGUAGAUACAUUAAUUCAUUCCAACUUCUUGAUCGAAACAUUCAUUUUGAUGAAGAUGAAUUUUUGUCCAAAGAGAUUGAUGAUGAAUUAGCUGUUUUAAUUCCAGAAGAGGAUAUUCUUGCAUCAACACUACUCAAUAGAGAGCAACAAAUUGUUUACAAUUUGGUUUCAGAAAAUGUUUUCUCAAAUCAAAAUGCUGCAUUUUUUAUAGAUGGGCCUGACGGAACUGGAAAGACAUUUUUAUAUAAGGCACUUCUUGCAACAAUAAGGUCAAGACAUUUAAUUGCUCUUGCAACUGCUUCAUUUGGUGUGGUUGCAUUAAUUCUACCUGGAGGUCGAACAACACAUUCACGAUUUAAAAUAAAUCUAGACAAUAAUAAAAAUUUCAUAUGCAGUGUUAGCAAACAAAGUGGACUCGCAAAACUAUUACAAGUAACAAAGUUGAUUAUAUGGGAUGAAACUUCUAUGUCAAGAAAAGAAGCCAUUGAAGCAUUAGACAGAAUGUUGAAAGAUGUCAAUGAUUCAGAACUAUCUUUCGGUGGAAAAGUUAUUAUAUUUGGAGGAGAUUUUCACCAAAUUUUACCUGUUGUUCUAAAAGGCACAAGACAACAACAAAUUGAUGUUAGCUUGGUUUCCUCUUAUCUGUGGCCCACAUUAACAAAGAUUCGUCUGACUGAAAAUAUGCGCGCAAGAUUGGAUCCAGAUUUUUCAAACUAUAUAUUAGAAUUAGGCAAUGAAAUGCCACCGAUUACAAUCGAUGAAUAUGCCAAGAUUCCUACAACCAUGUUAAUCCCAUAUCAAAAUGAUACUGCUUUUUUGGAUCACUUCUUAGAUGCUGUUUUUAAUGAUAUUUCAGAAUAUUCAGUAAAUAUUUCUAACAUGAUGAACCGUGCCAUAUUGACACCAAAGAACAGUUAUGUAGACGAGAUAAACAUUUUGUUGAUACAGAGAUUUUCAGGAGAGAUUAAACAGUAUUACAGCUUUGAUGAAACAAUUGAUGCAUCCGAACAAGCAAUUAUGGAGGAUUUCUUAAAUACAUUAACUCCAAAUGGAUUCCCUCCACAUCAAUUAUUGCUCAAACAGAAUUGUCCUAUCAUAUUGCUUAGAAAUAUUAAUCCUUCUGAAGGAUUAUGCAAUGGAACACGACUGAUUUGUUGUAAUUUUGAUCAUAAUGUCAUUCAUGCAGAAAUUGAGCAUCUGCCGUUUAUUGAGAAUGUUGCAGUACAAGUUUCAGAAAAACAGUGGAUGCUCCAACUUACUGCAGAUCUAGAAAUAUUCAAUUAG